AUGGUAACUUCGAAUAAUUUUACUUUGAUCACUAAUCAACCGUGGUUUAUCCCGUUUGACAUCAUUAACAUCACAUCGCUUUCCGUAGCUACUUUACUAGCAGUAGUUUUUCUCUUGAUCGUUAUUUAUGACAAAGCCUGUCAUAAUAUUCCAAUGAUGUUAAUGGCUAACUCAUGUCUGUCGGAACUUCUAUUUUCAAUUUCACUUAUUGGAAUGACAAUAUUCAGUCUACAAAACGAUCUAACACAGAGUCAAUCUCCCGAUCCUCCUUGCAUUGUUCGAUCUUACAUUGGCUACGUUAUGUAUUAUGCUAGAAAUUAUUUCUUUCUUCUUCAAUCUUUUUAUCGAUAUGUCAUUGUUCUUUACCCAACACGAUUAGGUUGGCAGAGCAAACGCGUCCAAAUUCUCUUGGUCUCAGUCAUAUGGAUUUCGUCUUUCGUCUAUGCUCUUCCACAUGUGCUGACUAACGAAAUUGUCUAUCAAGUUGACGAACAAAUGUGUGAAAUGCUUAUGCAUCUAUCUUGGGUCACACUUUACAACAUAUUUAUUGUUUAUGUCAUACCACUUCAUGGAAUUGCUCUUAUUUAUUUAAAACUAGUUCGAUACGUGAAAGAAAUCGGCGCACAAGUCAAUUCUGCCAACAUACUUUUGCGCGCACAACGAGAAUUACGAAUGGUUUAUCGAAUCGUGGUACUUGUUUCAAUCUUAAUUGGACUAGGUAUUCCUUACACAGCUUUUACUUUUAUGGGAUUCUUCACCGCACCACCACGAUACCAUUUUCGUAUUGCUCUUAUUUUUGUUAAUACCGGCUCAUUGUUCAUUAUAAUUGCUUUAUUCAAAUUCACUGAUCCAGUCUACCUAUUUCUUACAAAACAUAUCACUCGAAUAGCAAACAGAGCGUCUUUUACAAAUUAA